GCGGAGAGAUGGCGGCCGCGGCGGACCUGCAGCGGCUGCAGUGGCGGCUGGAGGAGCUGGAGCAGCGCGUCGGCGGCGGCGGCGGGGCCGGCGGACCGCGCAAGGUAGCGGACGAGCUGGUGAAGGUGCAGGUGGUGCUGAGCAAUAUCGCCGGCAAGAGGGAGAGGAUCAAAAUCCUGUUCAAGAAAAUUGAAGAUGUAAUAAAAUACCUGGACCCUCAGUACAUUGAUAGGAUGGCUAUUCCAGAUGCCAUGAAGCUGCAGUUCAUCUUGGCAGAGGAGCAGGUAAUUCCUUCCCGAGCAGCCCUUCUGGAGCAGGUGAAGAACCUCCAGCCCAUCUUGGACAGUGCCAGUAUCCAAGUGGUUCCUGACCAUGCAGCCAAACUGCAGCGCCUCUCUCAAAUCCACAUCCAGCAGCAGGAACAGCGCAAAGAUCUUACUGACAGUGUCAAGACACUCCUUGAAGACUACAAUAAAACAACCCUGCUUCUCUCUAAGCAGUUUGUCCAGUGGAAUGAAAUAUUGACACGUCUGGAAGCAGCCAAGGAAGCAAAACCUGUGUUGGAGUGAUGGCAGAGCUGGGAGUGUGGGGAACCCCGGGGAUCCUGCUGGCCUUGGGCUGCUCUGGAGGGGCUGCAGCACAGCUUGCACCCUGCUGCCUCACUAUCUCCCCACUUGUGAGCAUGCUGCCAGUGAGAUCACAGGCACCCUGGCUCUGUGGCUGCAUUGCAUCAGCCCCGAAUCUAAGCCACACUACUCCUUAAUAUGCCACUGUUUGCAGUCUUGCACUUCCCUGAAAUACAUUUUGGUUUGUAACGUAUUUAAAAGUCCCUUUCUGCUCUUACUGUGGACUGCAGUAAAGCCCUGAAAUGCUAA